GCCCACUAACAUACCGCGUGUUUUGUUUGCAUUCGGGUGUUUGUCAUCUUUAGCUAACUAGCUAGCUUAAUUACAUUAAAUAUGAACGUUAUCUAGUCACAUCAACGUUAGAAUAGGUCAUAAACUGCAUGCAACAAACAGUUUCGACUGUGGACAGAAAAGCAUUACCAUGCCAAUCUAGCUAGCUAGCUAACUGGCUAGCUCACUUCAGUGAUUAAAAACAUACUGUACGGUCUAUGAAAAUGACGACCACCAACAUGAUGGACAUGUUUGAGGAAGGGAAAGUUCUGAAAAUCUGUGCUCCUAUGGUCCGGUAUUCAAAGUUGGCAUUCAGGUCACUGGUGAGGAAAUUUGACUGUGACAUUUGCUUCACUCCAAUGAUAGUUGCGCCUGACUUUAUGCGUUCUGUCAAAGCCAGAGACAGUGAAUUUACAACUAAUGAAGCUGACCGUCCUCUGAUCGUGCAGUUUGCUGCCAGUGAUGCCCAGACCCUGGCUGAUGCAGCCUGUGUGGUCGCACCCUUCUCUGAUGGAGUGGACCUCAACUGUGGCUGUCCCCAGCGGUGGGCCAUGUCGGAAGGCUACGGGGCAUGCCUUAUCAACAAGCCUGAGCUGGUCAAAGACAUGGUUCGACAUGUCAGGAACCAAGUGGACAAUCCUAACUACACAGCCUCCAUCAAAAUACGAAUUCACAAGGACCUGCGGCGUACAGUGGACCUGUGUCAGAAGGCAGAGGCGGCAGGGGUGUCCUGGAUAACGGUCCAUGGUCGGACCGCAGAGGAGCGCCACCAGCCGGUCCACUUUGAUGCUAUCAAGACCAUCAAGGACAGCCUGUCAGUCCCUGUCAUCGCCAACGGAGACAUAAAGACCCUCCGAGAUGUUGAGACCACUCACCAGCUCACUGGAGUCGAUGGUGUGAUGGCAGCCCGGGGGCUUUUGUCCAACCCGGCCAUGUUCGCUGGCUACAAUGAGACCCCUCUUGAGUGUGUGUGGGACUGGGUGGACCUCGCCACGAACCAGGGGACCCCCUUCACCUGCUUCCACCAGCACCUCAUCUACAUGCUGGAGAGGGUCAGCUCCCAGCCUGAGAGGAAGGUGUUCAACUCCCUGCAUAGCACCGCUGCUGUCAUAGACUACCUCCACAACACAUAUGGAUCCCCAGACACACAGACCGUAGUAUGUUUGCUUUUCUCUUUUCAACCUCCGGUUUCUUUGUCCGUGUGCCGCAGAACUGUAUUGUUAGAGAUGACGUUGCAAUGGACUGCAGUUGCCCUCUUCCUCUAUGUGGAAAUAGGUGUACUACUCAUCCUCUGUCUACCCUUCAUCUCAGCCACCAGAUGGCAGUGUAUCUUCCAGCUGAGAAUAUGGAACAAAAUGGCCAGGUUUUGGAAUAAAUUCUUCCUCGCCAUGAUCAUAAUCCUUAUAGUCCUCUUCCUCGAUGCUUUGCGUGAGGUGAGGAAGUAUUCGGGCGCGGGAAACAGCAUGGAUGCUAAUCUGCAUCCCAACAUGUUUGACCACCUCCACAUGAAGCUGUUCAGAGCCCAGAGAAACCUCUACAUCUCUGGAUUUACCCUCUUCCUCUGGCUAGUGCUGAGGCGGGUGAUCACUCUGAUCAACCAGCUGGCGACGGAGUCUGGCACCACGGCCUCUCUGCAGACCAAGGCAGAGUGUGCCAACCAAACUGCCAAGAAAUACAUGGAGGACAACGAGCUAUUGAAGCAGACUUUGAUGUAUGGGAAGGGGGACAAGGCCACAGCGGAGGGAAACGAGCUGCUGAGAUCAGAGGGGGAGAAACUGAGAGGAGAACUGAAGGGCUCAGAGGAAGCCUUGAAAAAGUCCCAAUCCGAGAUGGAAGCUAUGAAGAAACAAUCCUAUGGACUGACCAAAGAAUACGACCGACUGCUGAAUGAACACCAGAAUCUUCAAGAGAUUGGAGACAAAAAGGAUGAUUGAUCGGGGUUAUGACUACAGCGGUCAGAACGUUUACAGAUCGUACCAAGAAACCAGAAA